AUGGCACCCUCGACUCAUUUCAAGCUCAACAAUGGCACUCAGAUCCCCGCCGUUGGACUGGGAACCUGGAGAUCUGAACCUGGCCAGGUCCGUCAAGCAGUCUCAUUCGCACUCAAGAACGGAUACAGUCACAUUGACGCAGCACUUACUAACAAUCUGAUUGCAGGAUCUACGGUGCGUUCGAUCAGGGAAAAGAAUGCAAUUAGGCCCCGGCUAACCGGAUCACUAGGAAACGAACAUGAAGUCGGUCAAGGCAUCAAGGACAGCGGUGUUCCUCGCGAAAACAUUUUCAUUACCAGCAAGCUGUGGAAUACUCAUCAGAACAAUGUUGCAGAAGGUCUUCAAAAGACACUCGAGGCCUUGGGCACGGAUUAUCUGGAUCUCUACCUCAUCCACUGGCCAGUCCGACUUGUUCCUCCAAUUGACGAGUCUGACCAGCACAAACAGAACAAAUCAAGCGCACUUCUACCAGUAAAUCCCGAUGGAACACGAUCUGUCGACCGCUCCUGGGACCAGAAUGAAACCUGGCGCCAGAUGGAGGAGGUAUACAAGGCUGGCAAGGUGAAGGCAAUUGGGGUGGCAAACUGGUCAAUUCCUUAUCUGGAAGAGCUCAAAAAGAAGUGGACUGUUGUCCCUGCUGUCAACCAAGUCGAGCUACACCCUUUCCUUCCUCAGCACGCUUUGAAGGACUGGUGCGAUAAGCAUGGAAUCCUCCUCGAAGCCUACUCACCACUUGGCUCUGAAGGUGCUCCCCUCAUGUCUGAGCCCGUAAUCCAGGAAAUCGCCAAGAAGAACGAUAUCUCCGCCGCCACGGUCCUGAUCAGCUAUCAUGUCAACAGGGGCAUUGUCGUACUGCCAAAGUCUAUUAAGGAAAGCCGGAUUGUGAGUAAUAGCCAGAUCAUCGCUCUCUCUAGCGAGGACAUGUAUGCUUUGAAUGGCUUGGCUGCGCAAGGAAAGGCAAAGCGUAUCAAUACGCCUCUUUUCGGAUGGGACCUCGGCUUCGAGGACUGGUACAAGCAGUAG